AGACGAUGUCGAAGAAUCAGAGCCUGAACUUCAAAGGAUGUUCUAUCUUCCGCUACAGGAUCAUUGCAUCCACACUGACAGGAAAGGCCAUUCGGAUCUCGGACAUCCGUGCUAACACUGAGUCCCCUGGCCUCCGGGAUUUCGAGGCUUCGUUCCUUCGGAUGAUAGAGAAGCUGUCCAACGGCUGUAUGAUUGAGAUCAACGACACGGGAACAAAGAUGCGAUACAAGCCAGGAGUACUGGUCGGAGGGACUGGACUAGAACAUGACUGCGGGAAGACUAGAGGUAUUGGAUGGUUCCUCGAAGCCUUGCUGUGUAUAGCUCCGUUCGCCAAGAACCCAGUCGCUAUCACUCUUACAGGCAUCACCAACGAGGAGACAAGCCUGUGCGUUGACACGCUGAGAACUGUCACCAUGCCGCUGCUGAAGCACUUCGGAAUCUCCGAAGGGCUUGAGCUGAGAGUUCUCAAGCGAGGAGCGCGACCCAACGGCGGCGGAGAAGUUCUGUUCAGAUGCCCCGUCGUGAAGACUCUGAAGCCCGUAAACCUGGUCAACAUCGGACACGUCAGGAGAGUUCGCGGGGUGGCGUACGCCUCUAAGGUUUCUCCUCAAGUCCCCAAUCGUGUCGUCGACUCAGCCAAGAGCAUCUUGAACAAGGUCUUGCCCGACGUGUAUGUCUACACCGAUCAUUUCAAAGGCAACAACGCCGGGAACAGCUCGGGCUAUGGUGUAAGCCUCGUCGCUGAGACGACGAACGGCUGCCUGUACGGGGCAGAAGCGUGUGCAGAGGGAGGACAGAUUCCCGAGGACGUCGGGCUCAUAGCAGCUAAGCGGCUGCUACAAGAAGUUUCACAAGGAGGCUUCGUGGACACUUCCAACCAGGGGAUCGUGCUGUUGCUUGCGGUGUGUUGUCCAGAGGAUGUCUCGAGAGUUCGACUGGGUCGGCUCUCGCCCAACACGAUCAAACUGCUGAGGAUGAUUCGCGAUGUCUUCGGUGUGGUUUACCGGAUCAAGGCAGACGACGCUACCAAAUCUCUUGUGCUCUCUUGUGUGGGGGUUGGCUUCAAGAACAUGGCGAAGGGCAUUGCUUAA